CUUCCUGUCUCGUGUAUCCAAGGUCCUGCAAAGUGAGGGCCGGCCCUGAGGAGGAGGAUGUCGAGAGUUGUUGUGGCGCGUCUGGCGGCAGAUUAGCUGGGGCCUAGUGGAAGGGUACUCACCUACUGCAGUUAUCCUUACUGUCCUCCCACGGCGUCUCCCGGAGGCCUUGGAGCCCUGAGACCCUAAGCGUGUGUCCGCAGGUUCAGUGAGGGCUAUGGAGGUGCGACCGCCAGCGCCACAGAGCUACCUCUGCAGGGCUCUGGGUCCUUUCCCUCGGGUCUUUGCUGCGGGAGCUGUGGCUGCCGAUUCGGAGAACCAGAAGCUGUCUUCCUCCGUUCCAGAGCCUGAUUACCUGGAAUCCGGAUGGGACCGCCUUCGGGACCUGUUUGUCAAAGAUGAACAGCAGAGAACUUCAAAGGAACUUGAGAAUAUUUAUAAGGCGGCUGUUUCAGCAGGCAUCAUUGGCUGGGCAUAUGGGGGAAUACCAGCUUUUAUUCAUGCUAAACAGCACUAUGUGGAGCAGAGCCAAGCAGAAAUUUAUCAUAACCGGUUUGAUGCUGUGCAAUCUGCACAUCGUGCUGCCACACGAGGCUUCAUCCGGUAUGGCUGGCGCUGGAGUUGGAGAACUACAGUGUUUGUGACUAUAUUCAACACUCCUGUAGGAAGUCUGUUGAUGGCAUUUCAGAAGUUCUGUGGUGAGACUGUCCAAGAGAGAACACAGAAGGAUCGCAAAGCACUCCGUGAGCUGAAACUGGAAGAGAGCAAAGCCAGACUGCAGUUUACUGAACUCCUCCCUGAAGAAAUUGAAAGUAGCUUACAGAAAAAUCGAUCCAAAGAUGAUGUUAAGAAAAUUGAAGCACUGCUAAAUCUUCCUAGAAAUCCUUCAUCAACACCUAAACAAGAGAAAGACUGAAAAUGUUCUGGACUUAAAAUUCAUUGGCACAUUGAAGGGAUCUCUGUUGCCCUGUCCAUUGAAUGCCAGAGGCUAGGCUUCCCCUGGGUCAGCCUGCUGACAGAUACAAGUGCUGGCACCUCUAGUGGCAGUGACUUGCUCUUCUCUUUUUUUUAACCCAAGAAUUGGACAUUGUAUGCUCUCUUUAUACUUGUCCUUAAAUUUAAAUACAUAGUCUUUCCUGAUUGAUCUAUAUAUUUGACAUUGUAUCUUUAUUGAUCAAUCAAUACAUAUUUCUUUUCCCUGAAUUUUACAAUAGUAAAUUAAAAAUUUCCCAAGAUUGGAGUUGAAAUCUGUAUGUUGUAUGUUUAUUCUUGCAGCCUUUUAAAAGGAUACUCAAUCACUAGAAGGAGGAGGUGUCACGAGGUAAGACAAAUGGGUCUGUGAUGAGACCCUGUGCCUUUGGAUCCUAGAAACAUUGUGGGCCUAAGUAUGCAGUAGGGUUUGGUUUUGUUUUAAUAAAAAAGAUAAUUCCUAUGGCA